AUGGCCCCGUGGCUGCGCUCGGCCGGGCUGGUGGCCGGCUCGUCGCUGGCCUUCGCGGCCCUCCGCUGGGCGCUGAGCCGCUGCCCGCUGCCCGCCCACGUCCGCCUCGACGCCACCCGCACCUGGCGCUGGAGGAACCUGCUGGUCUCCUUCGCCCACUCCGUGGUGGCCGGCCUCUGGGCCGUCGUCGGGAUGUGGCAGCUGCCGGGGGCCCUGGAUGACCUGGUGCACGUCACCUCCCCUUCUGCUCACCUGUUGCUGUGCUUUUCCACAGGCUAUUUCAUCCACGACUCUCUGGACAUCAUCGUCUGCCGCCAGUCCAGGGCCUCCUGGGAGUAUCUGAUCCACCACGCCGUGGCCGCGACUGGUUUGCUGUCCGGGAUCUUCUUGAACCGCUUUGUGGCGGCCGGGCUGCUGUCCAUGUUCGUGGAGGUCAGCAACAUUUUCCUGACCAUGAGGAUGAUGGUCCGGCUGGGCAAGCUGCCCUUCCCCACCUUCUACGAGGUGAACAAGUACGCCAACCUGGCGGCCUACUUCUUCUUCCGCCUGGCCCCCCAGUCCUACCUGACGUGGUUCUUCGUGCGAAACGUGGAGAUGCGAGGCCAGGGCGCCUUCCUCAUGGUCAACCUCAUCCUGCUGGACGCCAUGAUCCUCAUGUACUUCUCGCGCCUGCUGCGCUCCGACUUCUGCCCGGGCAGCCGCGGGCCGGGUUCGGACGACGAGAAGAAGUACUUGAUCGACUGAAGUCCCAAGGAGACGACACCCCCCUCCCCGUCCG